AUGUCUAGUACCCUCACACUCCCAGCAGAUAUCUUGCUGCUGGUCUUUGACGCAUUAGUGGGUGACACGACAACGCUCGUCAGCGCCGCAUGCGUCUCUUCUUUAUGGCGCACCCUGUCUCUUCCCUUCUUGCUGAAGGAUGUUGACCUCAGCAGCCACAACCGUGGCCGCCUUCCGGAGUAUGAGGACCCAACUUUUGCUCUCUCGAGGGUCGUCAUGAGCGACUACUCCGACAGAUACCGCCCUCGUAGUCUGGUCCCACGCCAGCGCGCCUUUCUUAGACUGAUAAUCGACCGCCCCGAGCUUGCAAUGCAUGUCAAGAUAUUCACAUGGACCCUGGUGUGGCAUGAUACCGACGAGUUUAGCUGCGACGGGGACGAAAUGACCGACAUCGACUUUCGGACAUGGGAAGUAUUUGGUCGGCUUUGUUCCGUCACCCACCUGGACCUCGCGUCACUGCAUCAGAUCGGCUACGAGCCGUACAUCCAGCAGAAUCCAGACACACUCUUCCCCGCCGUUACUCACCUCCGUCUCGUUGGGUGGAUGUCCCGUAGGCUGGUAAGAGCCAUAGUGAAUUCACUUGAUGCCAGCAAACUUGUCAGUGCUAGAUUCGAUUACUUGCAAGACGAAGGCGCCUUGCCCAACGGCAAGCCAAUCCCGCAAGACUUGGUGUGGAAGACCCGAGAUUCUCGCUAUCCCCAUGAUCUGUACAACCAUCAAGGUAUCAGUGACGAGCUGUGGAAUCGACAGGAACGUGGCGAAGUAGCCAUCUUCCCUGGACCGAUGUGGCUACCCUUGCGAAUCUUGGGGCGGCGACGCAUGAGUUCCAUGGCCCAUCUGCAGCUCAGCCUCAGCCCCUUCGACGACCAGGCAGACCUUCGCAAUGAUAUAACUACAUUCAUCGAGACGGCUGCAUUUAUUCGAAGCGCGAAAGAUACACUGAAGAGCAUCUCCAUCACUCUCGGAGAGGCAACCUAUCUAUUUCCCACAGAGGAGGAUCUCCGCAGCAUGUGUGGGACCAGCCGUGUGAAUCUAAGCAACGUGUACCAGCCCAUGUGUUUUGACCUGACAUCAUCCUUCCUUCGCCUCCUUCUUACGGCACUAAAUGGGGAAAGUUUCCCACAUUUGACUCAAGUCGACUUGAAGGGUUUCCGGAUCAUACAAACUGGCGCUCCGGGACGUCCUGUGGAUCGAAGCACCGACUUGACUUGGCAGUAUAUCCGGGACUGUCCCUUUGUUGACGAAGACUUCACCAAGACGGACAACACCGACUGUCGCCAAGCAUUCUCCGGGUAUGACAUCUACCUCUCGUUAGAGGACCUGGAUGAACUUGAACAGAGCUUAGAUUUGCUCUAG